AUGGCAACAGUCUACCGCGGUGUCGACGGCGCCGGAAAAGCCUCACCCCUCUCAAUCCCAGACGUCCUCGGCCCCAAACAAAUCCUCCUCAAAAUCACACACGCAAGUCUCUGCGGUACAGACGUCCAUUUUCUGACGUCGGGUAUCGCGUUGGGUCAUGAGGGCGUGGGUAUUGUAGAGAAAAUCGGGAGUGAGGUUACGCAGUUUAAGGUUGGGGAUCGGGCGGGGGCUGGGUAUGUUAGGAAUAGUUGCGGGACGUGUAGCUAUUGUCUUAAAGGGCAAGAUGUGUGGUGCCAUGAGCGAAGCGCUUAUGGAGAGAAAGAUCAUAAUACGGGCACAUUCGGUACUCACUACAUAGGCAACGAAACCUUCCUCCACCGCAUCCCCGACUCCCUGGCAUCGGAACACGCCGCCCCCCUCCAAUGCGCCGGCGCAACCGUCUACACAGCCAUCACCUCCGUCGCUAAACCCGGCGACCGCGUCGGGAUCCUGGGUAUCGGUGGUCUCGGCCACCUCGCUAUCCAGUUCGCUUCGAAGCUCGGGUACGAGACGGUGGUGUUUUCGAGUUCGGCACGUAAGGAGGAGGAGGCGAGAGGGUUUGGAGCGAGUGAGUUUGUGGUGUUAGGGGAGGCGGAGAAAGUUAGUGCGCCCGUGGAUGUGUUGAUUGUUGCCGGGAGCAAGUAUCCUGAUUGGGAGAAGUUUAUGCAAAAGAAUAUCCUCGCAAGGACAGGAACCAUUGUUCCUCUCUCCGCACCAGCAGAGAAUUUCAACCUCCCCUCCACACCCAUGUUCUUCAACGGCUACAACCUUCACUCGUCACUCGUAGCCCAUCGACAUGUCCACGAUGAGAUGUUGGCUUUUGCGGCGGCGCAGGGGGUUAAGCCAGCGAUUGAGACGUUUGCGUUUAGUGAGGAGGGGUUUGCGGAGGCGUAUCAGAAGUUGAAGGAGGGAGGGAUGAGGUAUCGGGGGGUGCUUGUUAGAUAA